GAGGAAAAAAAAAGAGAUAUAUAGGGUUUUCUUCUUCCUCAUUUUAACCAGAAAAGAAAGAAAAGCCAUUACUUCUCUGCUUCUCUCGUCUUCUUCCAUCACAACUUCUUCAAGAAACAAUCAUGGGUAAAGGUCCAGGACUCUACACCGAGAUCGGCAAAAAGGCCAGAGAUCUUCUCUACAAGGACUACCAAGGAGACCAGAAGCUCAGUAUCACCACUUACUCUUCAACCGGUGUUUCAAUCACUACAAGUGGAACAAACAAGGGAGAUUUGUUUGUGGGUGAUGUAGCUACCCAAGUCAAGAACAAGAACUUCACUGCUGAUAUCAAAGUUGCCUCUGAUUCUUCUAUCCUGACCACUUUCACCUAUGAUGAGGCUACCCCUGGAUUGAAGACAAUCGUUAGCGCCAAGGUGCCUGAUCAAAAAUCCGCCAAGGUUGAGCUCCAGUAUCUGCACCCACACGCAGGUAUCUGCACCAGCGUUGGAUUGACAGCUAACCCCGUUGUCAAUUUCUCCGGUGUGAUUGGAACCAGUGUCUUGGCUCUUGGUACCGAUGUCUCCUUCGACACCGAAUCUGGCAACUUCAAACAUUUUAAUGCUGGUGUGAGCUUCACCAAGGAUGAUUUGAUUGCUUCUCUUACUCUGAAUGACAAAGGUGAGAAAUUGAAUGCAUCGUACUACCACAUAGUGAACCCGUUGAAGAACACGGUGGUUGGAGCUGAGGUGAGCCAUAACUUGAAGAGCCAGGUGAACUCGAUAACCGUGGGUACUCAGCACGCUCUUGACCCGUUGACCACAGUGAAGGCGCGCGUGAACAAUGCGGGUAUAGCCAACGCGUUGAUCCAGCACGAGUGGCGUCCAAAGUCGUUCAUCACCAUCUCUGGAGAGGUUGACUCUAAGGCGAUCGAGAAGAGUGCCAAGGUUGGGUUUGCUCUCGCUCUCAAGCCUUGAGAAUGAGAAGAACCUCCAAUGUCUUCUUAAUCUUUUGGAACUAAUCUCCUGUCUGGUUUUUUUUCUUUUUAAAAUUGUUUAUUUGUUUUCUUUUUCUACAAAAUAAGAAGAAAAAAAAAAAUACUAUGAAAGGAUCUUCUUUGAAGAUGAACCAUAUAAGUCUCUUUCUUGAUUA